UCCUCGGUCCAGCACUGUACAGUCCAUAGUCUCUGGUCAUCUCCUGUACUGUCUGCAGUCUCUGGUCAUCUCCUGUACUGUCUGCAGUCUCUGGUCAUCUCCUGUACUGUCUGCAGUCUCUGGUCAUCUGUUCUGUGUCCGCAGUCUCUGGUCAUCUCCUGUACUGUCUGCAGUCUCUGGUCAUCUCCUGUACUGUCUGCAGUCUCUGGUCAUCUCCUGUACUGUGUCCGCAGUCUCUGGUCAUCUCCUGUACUGUCUGCAGUCUCUGGUCAUCUCCUGUACUGUCUGCAGUCUAUGGUCAUCUGUACUGUGUCCGCAGUCUCUGGUCAUCCCCUGUACUGUCUGCAGUCUUUGGUCAUCUCCUGUACUGUGUCCGCAGUCUCUGGUCAUCUCCUGUACUAUGUCUGCAGUCUCUGGUCAUCUCCUGUACUACGUCUGCAGUCUCUGGUCAUCUCCUGUACUAUGUCCGCAGUCUCUGGUCAUCUCCUGUACUAUGUCCGCAGUCUCUGGUCAUCUCCUGUACUGUGUCCACAGUCUCUGGUCAUCUCCUGUACUACAUCCGCAGUCUCUGGUCAUCUCCUG